AACGGAUUAUUUACUCAUUGAUAAUCUUAAUCUGGUUUAAAGUUUCAGUCCCGUAGCUGAUGAUGCUUUCAGCGGUGACUCUGGCCUCGGAUCCUCUGGGAGUGGCGUUGGACCUCUGCCCACCUCCAUGCUGCUGUGACCACAACUCAGCAACGGUUACAUGUAGAGACGGAGGACGGACACUCAUCCCUCUGCCAGACGGCACCAAGAAUCUGUUCUUCUACAACAAACUGAAGGAAAUCCCAGCAGGCCGGUGGAACGAGCUGCAGGUUCUGGACUUGACCCAGAACCAGCUAAGUGUCUUCUUAUCCCACAGCCCAGUAUGAUGAAGCUCUACGCUCCUGCUUCGAGACAACACCCUGGUUUCAGGCUCGGGUCAGUUUCUAAACUGCCCCGCUCUCAAUUUUGAUUUGAGUAAAAACCAGAUAAGUCUACCGGCGGGACUCGCAAAUCUGAAGACUCUGUUCCUGAGCUACAACCAGACUGAAGUCCUGCAGAUGGACGCACUGCCGGGAGUCCCAAACCUCACCAAACUCUACCUCAGCUUCAACAGCAUAGCUCAGAUAGACGACGGUGUUUUCAGGAGCUCCGCCACGUUAGAGAACCUCGAUCUGUCCAGUAACAGAAUCCUAACGACAGGAGCGUCUGGUUUCAGAGGAGCAGCAGGUCUCAAACCUCUGAGUAACAACCAGCUGGACGUUGUUCCAUCUGAAGCUCUGAGGGAUGCAGACAGGAUCCAGUUUCUGUAUCUAGCAGGAUGCUUCUCUGCUCUGGGCCUGCUGCUUCGUCUCGACCUGAAGAAAAACAAACUGAACGUUCUCUCAGAUGGGUCCCUCACAGGUCUGCUCAACCCGACCUACCUGGACGUCAGUGAAAACCUGUUAGCUUCUCUUCCAUCCAGAAUCUUCCAAGACCUGAUCAGACUCAAAGUUCUAGACUUGUACAGAAACAGACUGGCCUCUCUGCCCUGGGAUGUGUUCAGAAACCUGACCAGCACCAUCUUACACUGGCGCUAUAGAAAUAUCUUCUUCAGCCUGGAGAACCUUCAGCUGAACAUCAAGCAGAACUCCGACGCACCUGCAGGAGUCUUUGAGGCAUUGAACAAACUGAAAGAACUCCAACGGUCACACAACCACAUCCUGAAGCUCCAUCCUGCUCUGAUCUCCAAGCUAAGUCUCGUCCUGAAGCAUCUGCCCAGGGGGCUUCUUCACAAGCUGAAGACCCUGAGGAAGAUAACCCUACAUGACAACCACAUAAGGUCCCUCCACUUCCACGGGUUAAUGGGUGCAUGCUCACUGAGCCUCUCCAACAACCACCUCUCCUCUCUAGAUCCAGACCAGUUCAGGACUCUCACUGGUCUGAAACGGCUACAGCUGGAUGGAAACCGUCUAGUCAGACUUCCCUCAGACCUCUUCGUAGAUCUCCUAAACCUUGUAACCCUCAACCUGGGCAACAAUCAUUUAUCUGAGCUGUCAGUGGAUGACUUUGAAGGGUUGACCCACCUGGAAGAAGUCAAUCUGAGUUUCCAUCAGCUUCAGAGUCCCUCUUCCAGGACCUUUGACCCCCUCCAGAACCUCAGCAGUCUCCUGCUGCAGAACAACAGCCUAGCAACGCUGGACUUUGCCCCACUAUCAAAGCUAACUGAACUAAACCUGGAUACUAACCAGCUGGUUCACCUGGACUCUGACGUCUUUCAGGGACUUACGGAUCUCCGCACGAGCUUGAAGUCCAACCAGCUCAGGACUCUGAGGAGCCAGACUUUGGAGCCUUUGAGGGAGCUUCAUUCUGUUCAUCUGUCAGAUAAUCUGUGGGAUUGUGAGAACAACGUUCACAUCUGUAACUGGGUCACUUUGCACCCAGACAAACUCGGAGAUCAGCCCACGUUAUGACCCCUCAUCGUUAAAAUCUCCUCCAAGCUCUUCCUUCACCGAGACGAUGCGGCUCUCAGAAGCAUCGCCCCAGCUCGUAUCGGAUCACUGCCUCAGAUCUGCACAUCAUCACUUCCUGUUGCAACGCUUCGUGGGCUAGCUCUGCC